AUGUGAUGCGCGCGGCAUGGUGACGUUGCCACAAAAAAAAAGGCAGCCUGCAAGCGCACGAGCUCCAUACUUUAUUCACCACAAAUUACAACGUGAGCUCCACCGUAGCAACAUGUAACUCCUCUCCACCAGAGGAGGGAACACCGAAAAGAUGGAGCUCGAGAUGGAGAACCAAAGUCAGCCUUUCAACGCAUACACCGCGCGGCCGCCCGCUACACCUGCAUUGGGGAUGGGUGUGGACAACUUCAUCUCUCUUCUGAUAUUUGCACUCAUUUUCAUCCUCGGCGUGCUCGGGAACACCAUGGUGAUCACGGUGCUGGCGCGCCGCAAACCGGGACAGCCGAGGAGCACCACCAACAUCUUCAUCCUCAACCUGAGCGUGGCAGACCUGUCCUACCUGCUCUUCUGCGUCCCCUUCCAGUCCACCAUCUACAUGCUGCCCACGUGGGUGCUGGGAGCGUUCAUCUGCAAGUUCAUCCACUACUUCUUCACCGUGUCCAUGCUGGUCAGCAUUUUUACGCUGUCGGCCAUGUCCGUGGACCGCUACGUGGCGAUCGUCCACGCCAGGAAGUCCUCUUCAAUCCGGGUGUGGAGGCACGCCAUGCUCGGGGUGGUGCUCAUCUGGAUCCUGUCCCUGGUCAUGGCUGCGCCCGUUGCGCACUACCAGACCAUCGUGGAGAGGGAGGUUAACGACACCUUCUGCUGGGAGGUCUGGCCGGAUCACCACAGGAAAAUCGACGUGAUGUGCACGUUUGUUUUGGGAUACGUCCUGCCGCUCGUGUUGAUAUCGGUCUGCUAUGCAAAGGUUUUAAAACAUCUGCAUAAAAAGUUGAAGAAUGUCUCCAAAAAAUCAGAGCAGUCCAAAAAGAAGACUGCCCAGACGGUCCUAGUGGUGGUCGUGGUCUUCUGUCUGUCUUGGUUACCCCAUCACAUCGUCCAUCUGUGGGUGGAGUUUGGCUCCUUCCCCCUCAACCAGGCGUCCUUCGUAUUCAGGGUGGUGGCUCACUGCUUGGCCUACAGCAACUCCUCCGUGAACCCCAUCAUCUACGCCUUCCUGUCAGAGAACUUCAGGAAGUCCUACAAGCAGGUGUUCUGGUGCCGGGUGUCCAGCACAUGUCCCGUGAAGGACAGCAAGGAGGUGCGCAGCCGGAUGGAGAAGGGGCCGUCCACCAACAUCAGUGUCACUUACAAAGGUCACAACUCUCAGAUCAGUAAAAUGCUUUGAUUUUGCGCGCUGACGUUGGGAACCUCGUCUUUGUCCUGAGCAGAUACUUGAGGUUGAUAUGUUUAUUGAUUUGAGACUUUUAAAAAAUACAAUUGUGAAACACUAUUGAUAAACAACUGUGCUGGAGCAACCCUCUUUAUCGAACUUGUUAACCUUUUACUCGUUUUAUUGCACAUUUGCAAAUAAGAUUCUCCUCAGACACUUUUGCUGUGGUUUUUGCCGUUUGCUACCCGCCACCAGCUCAGCCGUCGCUAGGCUAAGCUAGCUGAGAGCAAAGUGCACAAGGACAGCAGGAAAAGUUGCUGGUUCAAUAUGUUCCACCCGGUGGAAUUCAGUCUCCGAGAUAAUCAAAUG